AUGGGACGCAGAGACCGAGACCGAGACCGAGACCGAGACCGAGACCGUAGCUAUGGUUAUGCCAAGGAGGAGCCUCCGGACAGCUAUCAGAAGUACCACGAACAAACAUACUGGCCAGGGGAGUCUUCGGCAUCGAGGGCGUCUAGCGAUAGAAUUAGUCAUGAAGAACCUUACGAGAAAUAUAACCCACGACCCUCGAAGAGACGUUCGCGAAGGCGCUCAAGAGAUUAUGAUGGACCUGGGAAUAGUGUUCGGCCGGGCAAUAAAAGAUUAAUUAUUGCCUGUGACGCGACUGACACGGAGGGUAAAGGAACAUGGCAGGAUUCCAACGGCGAGCUACAAGACGGCAAACUGAAGCCUCCAACCAACGUAACCAGAAUAUGUAGGGCGAUCAAAUCCUUGUCCGGUUCAAAUGUCCCCCAAAUCGUCUAUUACCAAGCAGGUCCGGGUUCCUCGAAUAACCCACUUGACAAGAUAAUAGGCGGUGCACUUGGUGAAGGUGUCGCUCAAAAUAUGAGAGAGUGUUUCUCUUUUCUAUCAAACAACUAUGCCCCCGGGGACGAAAUAUUCUUUAUCGGCUUCUCGAGAGGGGCUUUUACGGCUCGUAGUGUGGCAAGUAUGGUAGCUGGGUUAGGAGUCUUGACGAAAAAGGGGCUGGAAGCCUUCGCUGUUAUCAUGAAGGAUUAUCAGCAUAGAUAUGAGAAGGGCUAUAAAUCACCACAACCGGAUUGCCCGUUUCCGAAUAAACCUUCCGCGGCGGAUCCGGGGUAUGUCGAGCAAUUAUAUAGAAUGGGCAUGACGAUUCCGAAUGUUAGGAUUAGAGCUAUCGGGGUCUGGGAUACUGUCGGUGCUUUGGGCAUUCCAAAAAUUGGUUGGUUACAAAAGUUGGGCGUACAACCGAAGAAAACGGAUGAAAUGAUGUUCUAUGAUACUAGUCUCAGUCCUAUGGUCGACUUUGCGUUUCAGGCUUUGGCGUUGGACGAAAGGCGGGCGACUUUUCCACCGACGGUAUGGGAGUUACCGAAGGGUUCGCCUACAGUCUUGAGGCAGACUUGGAUGCCUGGAGAACAUAGUAACGUCGGUGGUGGCUGGGAAGAUCAAAACCUCAGUAACGUCAGCCUCGCUUGGAUGAUAUCUAAUUUCACCCCGUUCAUCGAUUUCGACGACACCUACAUUUUCACCGAAUUUGAACAAAACUUUCUUUACUAUCGUCAAAAGAAACUAAAACCUCGAGCCUGGGGUUUCGGAAAGAUUUACGAUAGUAUGGAAGGAAUAUACGCCCUCGGAGGGAGCGAAGCUAGAACCCCAGGCGACUAUACACGAUGCGACCCAUGUACUGCUGAAAGAACGGGUAAAUUUUUGAAGAAUACACGGGAGACGGUACAUGUUAGCGUUCGGGUCCGUGUAGCAUUAGGAGGAUAUGGAAUUGAUGAUGAAGGGUCUUAUCAUCCGAAAGCACUUAGAGGGUGGAAGUUUUACUAUGAUGAUGGGAUUGGAGGGUAUAAAUGGGUAAAUAAAGUGACUGGGGUCGAGUUGUAUGAAAUGGAUUUGGGGCCCGUGGAGAGGAAAUUGUUGGAAAUGUAUCCGGAUGUUUACAGUUAUGUGUUUGAUGAUGGAGGGGAGGGAAAUUGGGUCGAAAAGCCAAGGGUUAAGAGAAGGAGUUUGGGGGAUGGGGUUGGGGAUGGGGUGCACCAGAUUACUGGGGCCAUCAAGGGGUUGUUGAAGUGA